GAAAGCGGAAACCGGAAAUCCAGGUUGUUGGCUCUGUGAUGACGGAGCGGCUGAAGUCACAACAAGCGACAGGUGAAUAGUUUUCCUCUAGUUUCCCACCGUCUCACCUGUUCAACUGUUAGUAAAACGGAGUGGAGAAACGCCGGGCCUUACAGUCCCGCUGUUUGUGGAAAUUUCUACUUCGGACUUUGUAAAGAAAAACAUCCGGGCAGAGUGGAGCAAAAGACGCAAGGAGGCUCGAGCCUGGAUUUAGCAGGAGCACGGAGCCAUGUUGUCGUCAGAUGAGAUACUGAGCAGCACACAGCAGGUGAUCUCAGGGCUGGAAGCGCUGAAAGAUGAGAGUCACAGUCUCAUGGAGAGUCUGCAGCAGGUGAUGAGCAGCUGGGUGUCACCACAGAGUGGCAGUGUGGAGCAAGAAAAGUGUGACAUCAUCCACGAAUGGCUAGAGAGGAUAGGACUGGGGCUGAGUGAGGCUCAGAUGAUGACAGCAUUAUCAGCUCACCUAGAAUCUCUUGAGGCAGAGAAACAGAAGUUAAGAACCCAGGUACGGCGUCUCUGUCAAGAGAACCAGUGGUUGAGGGACGAGCUGGCCGAAUCCCAACAGCGACUACAGGCCAAGGAGCAGGAGGUGGUGGCCUUGGAGGAGCAGAAUCGACAUCAGCAGUUCAUGUUCUCCAUUCGAAAAUAUGACCAGGACGAAACGCAGCUGGAUGACGAUGAAACUUCUCCGAACAAGAACUCCCUGGAUGACCUCUUUUCUACUGAGGAAGAGCAGCAGACACACUUGCCCCAGUCUCACAGCAGUGCUGCAGCAGUAGCAGCCCAACAGGGCGGCUACGAGAUCCCUGCCCGUCUACGAACUCUCCACAACCUGGUCAUUCAGUACGCUUCACAGGGACGAUACGAAGUCGCUGUUCCGCUCUGCAAACAGACUUUGGAAGACCUGAAAAAGGCCUCAGGCCACACACAUCCUGAUGUUGCCACUAUGUUAAAUAUACUGGCCCUGUUGUAUAGAGACCAAAAUAAAUACAAAGAAGCAGCCAGUCUGUUGAAUGAUGCCUUAGCGAUAAGGGAGAAAACUCUUGGUUUGGAUCAUCCAGCUGUUGCAGCAACGCUCAACAACCUGUCAGUGCUUUAUGGGAAAAGAGGAAAAUACAAGGAAGCAGAGCCACUGUGUAAAAGAGCUUUAGAGAUCAGAGAGAAGGUUUUCGGCGUAGACCACCCGGACGUUGCCAAACAGCUCAACAACCUGGCACUGCUGUGUCAGAACCAGGGCAAGUACCAGGAAGUGGAGCAACAUUAUGAACGGGCUCUGCACAUCUACCAGAGCAAACUGGGACCUGAUGACGCCAAUGUGGCCAAAACCAAGAACAAUCUGGCCUCAUGUUAUCUGAAACAGGGGAAAUACCGACAGGCUGAGGCUCUUUACCAGGAAAUCCUGACUAGAGCUCAUGAGAAGGAGUUUGGAUCUGUGCAAGGUGAUGGUUGUCCCAGCUGGUCUUGGUCUGGAGGGGAUGAUGGCAGUUGUAGACCAGAUGGAUUCAACAACCUCAGGCGCAGCAGUUCCUUCACCAAACUGAGAGAUUCCAUUCGCAGAAGCAGCGAGAAGCUCGUCCGUAAACUGAAAGGAGUUGGAGCGAACGAUAGCCACCCUAGGAAUGCUGGACUGAAAAGAGCAAAAUCUCUGAAUAUGCUGAAUGUUGGAGUUGGAGACAAUGAAGGUGGCGCCAAGACGAGAAGUUUGAGAGAGACGUGGAAUCUGAGCUCCAGCACACAGAACCUGGCAAGACGAGGUUCACUGGGUGGGACCAGCUAAGACACACACACACAUACACACAUACACACAUACUCUAACCAUAACACAAGGCUUAAAGUCUUAGCUGUCAAACAGCCGUCUUGGUGUGAAGGUGUGAUGACGACUUAGAUUAGUUCUCUAAGAUCUCUGAGGUCUCUCACCUUCUACCACACGUCUUUAUAGAAAAUUACACUGGUUUAAUGCUGCCUAAAUGACGCUGUCUAAAAUGUCAAAAUGUCUACUUAGAGACAAAACUUCCAGAAAUGUACAGUAGUUUCCUAACGGUCAGUCGAAAUUCACCACAUUCCUGUUUGGACGACUAGGAUCAUAUUCUGUGAAAACUGAAAACAUAGGCUGAUGAAACAAAGCUUAGGUCGCAAGGUCAAGUGAUGAUAAAAUGCUCGUAUAAAUCUGUUUAGAUUUUUGAGCUGGGGAAAGUGAUUAUAAUCAACACGAAGGACCAACAUAAACAGAGACGUAUUUAACGUUGAAUAACUAGUAACCAGGCCUUAAAAACGUCGUUUUAAUUGUCUCUAAAAAGUAAAGACACAUUGAAUAACGUUUUAAAAAAAUAUGGAGAACAGAAAAGCCGGUGUAUUUGCAGAACAGAAACGAGCAUGGCAUUGUAAAUAUUAUUCUAAAAAUGUAAAUAUUUUAAACAGCAAAAAUAAGCUAUCAAGUUUGAGGUUUUUUUGCGAUUACCUUUAAAUAUGAAGGUUAGUUGUCAAAUAUGUACAGUUAAUAAUAAUAAUAAUAAUAAAAAUGCUUACCUUAGCUUGUCACCGCAAUCCAGUUCAUGUAAAUAUUUACUUUCAAAACUUGACCCAAGUUAAUGUAAAAUGUGAGUUUUGAUCUCUUGUGACUUACAACACUUUCUGUGGCGUGUCGGAAUUGAUACUUUUUAUGAUUGUUAACCAGUAAAGACUUGAAGAAUGUCAGGAUGUUUACAAACAUUGGUUGUUAAAACCAAAUUGUUUGCCUGUAGAAACAGCAGCAGAGAGAACAGCCUUCAUUAAGAGCCAUUGUUUAAUUCUGUCUACAUUAAUCUUAUUAAGAUUUAUGUGUUCAAAGCUUAUUUACACCAGGUGGGAGAUGCUUAUAUAAAACUAUCAGGAAUCUUUCAGUUCAUAAUAGAGGAACUGUGGUACUGUAUGAAGAGCGGGGUGGCAGAGAAGUAAGUGAUGGUGGUGGUGGUGGUAGAAGACUUCAAGACAUCAUGACUGGUAGGUGUGGGGAUGUGUGUAUUUGGAAGUAGCCAGGUGAUUAAAUGGAUGUACAUUAUCAGCUUUGGUGACCCCUGUUGGUGGUAACCAGAAAUUGAAUAAUCAUCCACCAAUAUGGUACAAACAAAUCAUUUCUCCAGUUAUCCUCCUAAACUCCUAACCACCCCUUUGUGUGGUCACUCGGGUCCAACAAAGUAAUUGUAUUUCAUUUCUGUAUCUUUGACGAUAAAAUGUAUAUGAAUAAUUAUGAUAAAAUAAGGUUAUUUGUUUGUCAGGCAGGCCUUUUGGUACUAUCUCCAGCUGUUAAGCUAAGCAACUAGUAGAAAACGGCAGCCAUUCUCUUGCGUAUGCUGCUGAGCAUACCUCAGUGCUCAAGCUUUGCUUGUUAUUUGGAACAGUUACAGUACACAGUAUCACCAUGUACUACUGAGACAUUUGAAACACUUUUCUUUACAUUUAAAAAAUGUAAUUCAAUUAUAGAUUAAACUAAUUGUAGUAAUUAAAGCAUUUUAAGUCAGUAUUCUUUACUAUUACUGGAUAACCGGUGUAUUUGUUCAUGGUCGUGGGUUAAAUUCCAUAGUUUGUUUAAAGUCUACAGAGGAGUAGAGAAGUGCUUAAAAAAUACACAAAUCAUACAAAUCAUAAAUAUUUAAUAAAGCAGCAUCUGUUGGACAGAUUAUUUAAUAAUUUCAGUAAUUAUUUGAUUCGCCUCUCAGGAACAUUUGUUAAUAUAGGUGGUUGAAUACGUGUUCAGAAAACUCACAUUCCAUGUUUAAAAUCAACUCUUUUCCAUUCUUGAUUCUUCUUACUUCAAUGUUAUAAAUUACACUACAGUGUAUUCCCUGUGGCAGAAAAGACUGUUGUUAUUUGGAUUGAAUUCUGUCUUAAUGUAGCAAGAAAUCUGUUACAAUGAAACACAUUUUGACUGUAACAUUCAAUGAAAAUAUAAACAAUCUAAUCUUUUGAUAUCUGUAGUCCAGUGAUUCCCAACCACUGUGCUUGGCACAAUAGUAGGCCGUAAAAAAUCAUCCAGUUUCACAGAAUUGGUCUGAGAACAUGUUUAUUUACUACAAAUAAACAUUGACUAGAAGAUCAUUAAAUAUCAUUACAAAAUUUGAGCCUUGGCUGAAAUAAAGUUGGGAAACACUGCUGUAAAGUGUUUAAUGGAGAUGUGUGUUUUGUAUUUGCAAACAACUGCAGAAAUAAAGACACAUUUUACCAUUUUA